UUCCGGCCCAGCCUUACCUCUUUUCUCCCUGAGUAAAGAUGGCGGACGAAGCCACUCGGCGGGUCGUCGCUGCGUUGCCGCUGCUAAAAACCAACGCCGGUCCGCGGGAUCAGGAACAGUGGAUCCAGCGGUUGAAGGAGGAGUACCAAGCGCUCAUUAAGUACGUGGAGAACAACAAGAAUGCCGAUAACGAUUGGUUCAGGUUGGAAUCCAACAAGGAAGGUACCAGGUGGUUUGGAAAGUGCUGGUACAUCCACAAUCUCUUGAAAUACGAAUUUGCUGUUGAGUUUGAUAUUCCAGUUACUUAUCCAUCUACUGCACCAGAAAUUGCUAUUCCAGAACUGGAUGGCAAAACAGCCAAAAUGUACAGGGGAGGCAAGAUAUGCCUGACGGACCAUUUCAAGCCCUUGUGGGCUAGGAACGUACCAAAAUUUGGACUAGCCCACCUCAUGGCCUUGGGGCUGGGACCAUGGCUAGCUGUAGAGAUUCCUGAUCUCAUAUCCAAGGGGCUGAUUGAACACAAAGACAAAUGAAGCCCCCAUCUCACUAAUUCUAAGACCCUCCGGCAUUCGGAUCCAUGAUCUUGACUGUCAUAUAUUUCUGUGUCUUAAUUUUUUCUUGUGGGUUGCUAGCAAAAUUGUGUGUUGCGUCUCUGUAACGAAACAAAUGAAGAAAAACAAAAUAACCCCGUUGAUCUGUUACCAUUUCUCGGAGUUCACCAAGAUGGAUAUCACCCUGUUUAUUUAUUUAACAAAAAAUAUUUAACAAAAAUACCAACAUGCCAAUCUUUCAGGGCAUUAGAAACCAACCACAAGUUGUAUGCUGCUUUUUUGAAAGUUGUUUAAAAGUUCAUUGAAAACAUAGAAUAUAAAGAACUUAAAACAAGACCGGAUGGAUUGACCUCUCAAAGAAAACAACUGAAGGUUUUCGUCCAACUUAACACUGUAAAAAAAUAGCUGGAUUGUAUAAAACGCCCGAGAUCACAUUUCUGAUUUGCAAAUAAAUUCUUUAGUUUGUGCUG